UUCAUUUCAGAUUUCCAUCUGAUACCGAAAAGAGAGGAAUUUGGGCUUCGCUCCUUGGAUUUGAAAGCGUUAAUUUCACUAAGAAGUUGGUAUUUAUUUGUUCGAACCAUAAGGCCAAAUGGAAAAUUCCUCAAGCCAGAUGUUGUCCCAUUACCUUAUCAUACAACAUUCGAGAUUUCAAAUGAAAGUUCAGACACAGUAUCCGAGCAAGUAUCCGAACAAGAAGAUAGUCGUAUCAGCCCAACUACAGAGACAAUGUUGUUUGGAGUGGCAAGUAACCAGUUUGAUGUUGAAGCUCUGUCUGAAAGCUCAUCAUCAUCUUCAGCAACUCUUACUGCUUCAUCUUCAGUUACUCUUACAGCCUCAGAGUGUGAAAACGAACUUUCUAAGACAAUUUUUGUUGAACCAUUAUCCCAAAAUGUUCCAAGAAAAAAAAGAAAGAGGAGCUAUUUUGGCGAUUUGUCAAGCAGUGAUUUCUCGACACCAGAGAAGCGAAGGAAAAGUUUUCACGGUAUAAAGAAAAUUGUCAGAAAACAAAAAGUGGGAAUACAUUCUCUUCAAAAUAAGGUUCGUCGUCAAAGGCUUCGAAUAACAUCAUUGAAAAGUUUGGUGUCAUUUUUGAAUGGAAAGUUUCGUUUAUCAGAGGAAUCAGAACACACAUUAUUGGUUGUUUGAAUUGGCAUGUAACCUGAAUGAUGUCAGAGCUCUGUCCAAAAGUUCAUCAUCUCCAGCAACUCUUACUGCUUCAUCUUCAGGUACCCUCACUGCCUCAUAGUUUGAAAACGAACUUUACAAAUUAACUUUUGUUGAAUCACCAUACCAAGAUAGAGGAGAAAGAGGUGCUAUUCUAGCGAUAUGUCAAGCAGUGAUUUCUUGACACCAGAGAAGUGACUCAGAUACUUUACCAGAACCAAUAAAAGUAUUAGAUUUUAUGUUAGUCUGCAUUAAUGGUUCAUGGAAGAUGCCUGUUGGAUACUUCUUAUUGAAUGGAUUAUCUGCAGUGGAAAAAUUAAAAUUAUUGAAAAAAAUGCCUUGAAUUCAUCAAUGAGAGUGGAAUCACAGUUACAUCAAUUACAUUCGAUGGCACUGUAACAAAUUUUUCAAUGGCAGAGAAGUUGGGCGCAGAUUACAGUAAUCAUUCUGAUCUGAAAACUAGCUUCAUAGAUCCCAUCACAAAAAAUGAGAUUUUCGUUUUUUAGAUACCUGUCAUAUGAUCAAACUUGUUCGGAAUUGUUUUGCUUUACAAAUUUGUCUGGAGGAUGGUAGUCAGUGAAAGAUCCAAUGUACUUUUGUGGAGAGAUUAGUAGACGUCCUCAGUAGAGAGCCUAUAUUUUUGAAUUUGGUGACUUGGUAUAUGUUGAAAAUAGUAACAAAAUCAAUAGGAAAACAUUAGAAGAACUCAGAAUCGGUCCUGUCCGGAUUUUAAAGAAAAUUUCUUAUUCAAUUUUUGAAAUAGAAUAUGGUCACAAGAAAAAAGAAUCAAAAAUUUUUUAUAUAUUAAGUAAGUUGAGUACAUAUAUUCCAUUAUGAUGCAUUGAUUAUUCAAAUAUCAUUUCAAAAGUAUUGUAAGAAGUUUUUAGUUUGUUCAUUUUUGAUUGGCUAUCUAUUCUUGAUUCUGGUUAUAGGUUAGUGUAAUGUUAUGAUUUUGUAUUCAUUGAAUGAAAACUUGUUGUACUGAAACAUUAAUCAAGAAAAGUCAAUAGAACAAAACAAUAUCAGAAUUAUGUGUAGGUAUAUUAAAAUUUAACUCUGUUUUAGUUCAAAAUAACAACUAGCUGUGAAUUGUUUUUUUUUUGCCAGGUGUUAAGGAAUGAAAUCUUGUCAAAAACUGUAGGCCCCGAUACCAUAAUAUGUAAUUGAUUGUUUCUUGAAAAAAUAAAUCAUUUGUUUGGGAGCUGUAGGUAUCUAGUCAAGCAUCAGCAUACAAUUAAAUAUCUCAGAUAUACUAAACUCAAUUAAAUAUGCCAUAUCUGUAUCUACCCUUUGUAUUAUUUGUAUUUUACAAUAAAUUGCUUGAUGACAUCAAAAGAUUAAAUGAACAAAGUUUCGAUAAAAAAGUAAAGGAAUUAUUGCUGCAGAACACAAUAUACAGCCUAAAAGAGUUUUAAAAUGUUUGUGUAUGUAAUUUGUUUUUUAAACCUGAUUGAAUUUUUAUGACAAACCGUGAAAAUUAUUGACAGUGAAUAUUUAUAGUGUACAAUGUGAUGUAGUACAUAUGUAAAUAAAUAUUAUUAUUAUGAAGUUUUGUUACUUCAAGGCUA